AUGGCGGGGCCCCGACGCCCGCAGCCCGGCUGGCACCGCCGCACCGCCGCGGCCGUGAACCUCCUGCUGGGCGUCUUCCACGUCCUCCUGCCCUGCGGCCGCCCGGGAGGGGCUCAGGGACAAGCGAUCGAGCCCAUGCCGAACGUGGUGGAGCUGUGGCAGGCGGAGGAAGGGGAACUCCUGCUGCCCACUCAGGGUGAUUCUGAAGACGAUACAGAGGAGCAGUCUCAAGAACAGAGCUUCUCAGACAAGCUAUUUAGUGGAAAAGGCUUACAUUUUCAGCCAUCAGUUCUAGAUUUUGGAGUUCAGUUUCUGGGACAGCCUGCAGCAAAGGUUCUCUACGCUUACAACCCAAGCAGGGAAAGUGAGGUGGUAGUGAAUUCCGUGUUUACAGCCGCGAGGCAUUUCCAUGUGCCUCCUGUUCACUGCAGGGUAAUUCCAGCAAUGGGGAAGACUUCCUUCAGAAUUAUUUUCUUACCCACUGAAGAAGGAAGCAUUGAAAGUUCUUUAUUUAUUAAUACCUCCUCACAUGGAGUUCUCUCUUAUCAUGUAUCUGGAAUUGGUACUCGCAGAGUCUCUGCAAAAGGGUCUGCAGAGCAGCUUCCGAAUGCUUACUUUCUGCUUCCACAGGUCCAGAGUGUUCAGCUUUCGCAAACACAGGCGGAAACCACUAAUUCUAGCCUCUUGCAGGUGCAACUGGAAUGCAGUUUACAUAAUAAAGUGUGUCAGAAACUAAAGGGUUGUUAUAUGGAAUCGGAUGAUGUUUUACGGCUGCAGAUGAGCAUAAUCGUAACAAUGGAAAACACCUCAAAAGAAUUUGAAGAAAACACACAAGAUUUGUUAGAUCAUCUCUCUAUUAUUUAUGUAGCUACAGAUAAAUCUGAGAGCUCAGAUGAUUCGGCAGUGAAUAUGUAUAUAUUACAUUCGGGAAACAGCCUUAUAUGGAUACAGGAUGUCCAUCAUUUCUCCCAGAGAGAUGUCCUGUCUCUGCAGUUUGAACCAGUGCUCCUACCUACUUCCACAACGAACUUUACAAAAAUUGCUUCUUUUACUUGCAAAGCUCCGUCCUGUGACAGCGGGGUGAGAGAAGACAGAAAGAAAAAAAACACUCCAACACUAAAAGCUUGCCUCUCCUCCCCUGUGGUUCAAGGGUAUUUUCGAAUGGACCCUUCUGCAACCCACUUUCACAUAGAGAAUCACGAGAAUGCUUCAGGGCUUUGGUCAAUGUGGUACCUCAACCAUUUUGACCAUGGUGUUGUAUUAAAUGAUGUGUUUGUUUCCAAGGAGACCAAGCACAUUUUAAAGAUUCUGAAUUUCACUGGCCCUUUAUUUCUACCUCCAGGCUGUUGGAAAAUAUUUUCUUUGAAACUUGCUGUUAAAGACAGUGCCAUAAAUCUAUUCACCCAUGUAUUUUUGACUACAAACAUAGGUGCUGUUUUUGCAAUACCUCUUCAGAUUUACUCACCGCCCACCAAGGAAGGGAGUCUGGGUUUUGAAGUGAUAGCACAUUGUGGCAUGCAUUAUUUCAUGGGAAAAUCAAAAGCAGAAAAUCCUAACUGGGAAGGGAGCCUUUCUCUGGAUCAGUCUACCUGGGAUGUGGAUUCCGAACUUGCAAAUACAUUAUAUGAAAGAUGGAAGAAAUUAAAACAUGGUGACGUCUGCAAGAGGACUGUUUUGGGAGUGACUCGGUUUGCCCAUUCAAAGAAACCCAAGGAGUUGGAGCCUUUUGCUGUCUUCCUGCCUCGUCUGGUCCCCGAGCCUGGCCUUGUGUUGAACUUCAGCGCCACCGCCCUGAGGAAUAGCAUGGUGAAGCACUUCAUGGUGAAGAACCCCUCCUCGUGGCCAGUGUCCCUGCAGCUCCUGCCCGUCUAUUUGUACCCGAAGCCUGAGGCCGCCGCGCGCCUGCUGCACAAAUGGUUUGGCACCGAUAUGCAAAUGAUUAAUUUCACAACCAGUGAAUUCCAGCUUACCAAAGCUUGCCCUUACCUGGAUGUGCAGUCUGAAGAAUCCAGAUUUGGCAUCCUCCACUUACAUUUGCAGCCUUUGGAAAGGAAAAGGGUUGGUGUAGUGUUCACUCCAGCUGAUUAUGGAAAAGUCAGCUCCCUCAUCCUCAUCCGGAAUAACUUGACUGUUAUCGACAUGAUUGGUGUGGAAGGAUUCGGGGCGAGAGAGCUCCUGAAAGUGGGUGGAAGACUGCCUGGCGCCGGGGGCUCGCUGCGGUUUAAGGUGCCCGAGUCCACGCUGAUGGACUGCCGGCGACAACUGAAAGACAGCAAGCAAAUUUUGUCAAUCACAAAGAGCUUUAAGGUUGAGAAUAUUGGACCACUUCCUAUAACUGUGACAGCUCUGAAAAUUAAUGGGUAUAACUGUCAAGGUUAUGGAUUCGAAGUGCUGGACUGUCAUCAAUUUUCCUUGGGCCCCAACACGUCCCGGGACAUCAGCAUUGUGUUUACCCCGGACUUCACGUCUUCCUGGGUCAUCCGCGAGCUGACUCUGGUCACGGCGGCGGGCCUGGAGUUCCGCUUCACUCUCAAUGUGACCCUGCCGCACCACCUGCUGCCUCUGUGUGCGGACGUGGUCCCGGGCCCGAGCUGGGAGGAGUCGUUCUGGAGGCUCACCGUCUUCUUCGUUAGUUUGUCCCUGUUGGGUGUGAUUUUAAUCGCCUUCCAACAAGCACAGUACAUUCUGAUGGAGUUCAUGAAGACGAGACAGAGACAAAAUGCCAGCUCCCCUCCACAGCAAAGCACUAGUCCAGUGGACGUAAUCAGCCCUCAGUCUCACAAAAGCAAUUGCAAGAACUUUCUCGAUACCUACACCCCCUCCGAUAAAGGCCGAGGGAAAAGCUGCCUUCCGGUCAGCAGCCCGCAGAGCAGGAUCCAGAAUGCGACCAAGAGGAGCCCGGCCACCUACGGCCACUCCCAGAAGAAGCACAAGUGCUCCGUGUACUACGGGAAGCACAAAGGCAGCGCAGCCGCGGCGAGCAGCGCCGGCGCCCCCUUGGAGGACAGGCCAGCCCCGGCCAAGGAGGACGGGUGCCCCGCAGGGGCGGGCGAGGCCUGGGCGGGCCUCAAGUGUGCCGGGGGCCUGGGCGUCAACCUGCAGAGGAGCUUCGCGCUCCCCAAGAGCUUGCUGGGCAAAGACGAGAACACACCCAAAGGCGCAGUUGCUGCCAGUCACCCUUCCUCCGGGUGUCACGUGAGGGAGGGCGUGCAGACAUGUAUGUUUCCUAAGGAAACGGACUUUCAGAUCGCAGAAGGCGCAGCGGAGCUCCAGGAGCGAGACGUCUGUCCGAUGAAGACGCUUAAGAGAAUGCCUGAGAAUCAUGUGCCGAGAAACUCCCCUCAGUGCCCGUCAGACUUGCCAGAGGUUUCCAGGAAAAGUAACGGGAAUAACCAGCAAGUGCCUGUCAAGAAUGAAGCAGACAGUUGUGAAACUUUGAAAAAGGUUGACACAAAGUCUUCUUCAGAGAAGAAGAUUCACAAAGCAGCUAAAGAAGACGGAUGUUCUGAGAAGCAGGACAUACCUUCAGUCGAGCAAGAAGAUCCUUAUAGGAAGAAGGCGCUUCAGGAAAAGAAAGAAGGAAAUGUACAAAAUUUAAAUUGGAGUAAAAAUCGAAUGUGCAGAAAAAACAAAAAGAGGGGUGCUGCCCAGGUCUUGAGGCCUUCCGACCAGAGUGAGUUAAAGCUGGUGUGCAGUGAGUUUGAAAGGUCUGAGCUGAGCAGUGACGUCAACGUAAGGAACUGGCAUAUCCAGGAAAGCCCUGGGGAAGCGUGCAGAGCAGGUGCCAGCACUGGAGGCAGCUUACCUGCCACGCAGGGAGAGGCAGAGGGUUACUUUCCGAAACCGGGGAAGAAGGGUGCAGAGAAGUCCUGCUCAGACUCCGGCUCAGACUGUGGCAGCUCCUCGGGCAGCGUGCGCGCCAGCCGGGGCAGUUGGGGCAGCUGGAGCAGCGCCAGCAGCUCUGACGGGGACAGGAAGCCGGCCGCGGGCCCUCCGCGCUGCCUGCUGCCAGGAGACAGUGUUUCACAAAAUGACUUUUCCUCUGAAGCUCCCAUCUCCUUGAAUCUUUCUCGUAACGUCUGCAAUCCCAUGGACGUGAGCAGCCUCCCCGCGCCUGCGGACGUUCCCUGCCCCAGCCUCCCCGCUGGGCCUGCCGCCACUGAAGAUCAAGGUCUCUGUGCCCCGGGGGACCUGUGGCCUGCGCAGCCCGUGUGUGUGACUGGAGGCUUUGGCUGCACCCUGGAGAACGGUGGGCCGGCCGUGCUGCCCCCGCCCGCCCCCGUGCCCAGCAGUUUCAUUGAUUGGAACGCCACGUGUGAAGGCCAGUUUCCCAGUGUGUACUGCCCCCUGGAAUUGAACGACUACAAUGCCUUUCCAGAAGAAAGCGUGAGCUAUCCCAGCGGCUUCGCCUGUCCUGCUGAGGCUCAGACGGACUUCGCUGACCACAGCUCCCCGUCUGCCUGGGGCAGCCCCACCAGCGUACCGACCGCCUGGGGACACGCCAGUCUCAUCAGCACUCCGCCCUACCUCACAAGCGCCCGAAGCUUGUCUCCAAUGUCUGGACUUUUUGGUUCCAUCUGGGCCCCGCAAAGCGAUGUGUAUGAGAAUUGCUGCGCCAUCAGCCCCACCACGGAACACUCGGCUCACCUGGAGAACCGGGCGGUCAUGUGCAAGGAGUACUACCCCGGGUUUAACCCGUUCCGUGCCUACAUGGACCUGGACAUAUGGACUAGCACAGCGAACAGGAAUGCAGACUUCCCACUGUCGAGAGACUCGAGCUACUGUGGGAACAUGUGA